AUGAAUCCUAAACAGUUCAGGCUCCCAAAGUCAUUCUUUGGGUUUCUUCCCCUCUACCUUGGUGUUGAAAUUGCUCUAGGCAUCUCGAUCCUGAAUAAGUGCAGCGGUGCUUACGGUAUUCUGGCGCUAUUCACGGGCCAUCCUUUGCAUUUCUCUCAGUGGUUGCUCUACAUCUGGUCGAUUAUAACGCUGAUCAUAUGCGCCCAAGGUCUCUACCAGGUUCAUAAGCCUAGCGUGCUGACGUUCUCCCACAUCUUCGUCACCUUCGUGAUCGACACGGCCGUCACCUGUCUCUUCAGCGUAUGGUUCACCGCGCAAUGGUACAGCCUCGAGGGAAACAGCGGCAGCACCGACAAGACUAAGAGCUCUUACAGCGAAGACCCAGUCGAUUACUCAACUAAGAUAAGCGACCAAGGCGCCAGCGAAAGUUUCGAGUAUGGUGUGACGAUUUUCAUCACCGUACUCUCUCUGGCGGCGAAAUUGUACUUCACUUUCCUCAUGGCCUCUUUCGUGCAGGAGCUACUACUGCAUCCCAGAUACAUGCUGGACCAAGAUGACGUGGAACAGGACCUGAAGAACCAGUCGUCCUGGAAACGGUGGUGGGUCAAGUCCCAAAAAAUCUGUUACAACAUAUCCAAGAGUAUGCUGGUGUGA